AUGGGCGCAUACUCGCAAUCCAACGGCUCCGUCGAAGAAACAACCUCGCCCGCUCGUUCGUUUUUCUCUCGUUUCGCCCUGUCCAGCCGAUCGCGUUCGCGUAACCUCGCCGACUUCCACGUCCGCCCCAACGACCCGCACCGCCAGUACUCGGCCGGCGACCACGUCCAUGGCGCGGUAGUCCUGACUGUGGUCAAGCCCAUCCGCAUCACUCACCUUACCGUCGCCCUGCAUGGUUAUGUUCGCGUGCACAAGGGGCCGGCUGUCAGUGAGCCCCCGAUCGCGAAGCCCGCCCUGUCCGGUCGGUCGUCGGCACAGUAUCAUGGCAACGGCUACGCUUCUCUCUUCCAGGAUGAGCAGGUACUCAGCGGUGAGGGGAGGCUGGAGCCUGGGAAGUACGAAUUCAACUUCGACUUAGUCUUCCCUGGGAAGGGCCUGCCCAGCAGUAUUGAUUUUGAACGAGGCACGAUUUCCUACAUGAUAACAGCGACUCUGACGCGCCCGACCUCGAUAUCUCCCACAUCGUCUUGCGAUCGAAAAAUUCAGUUGGUGGAGAAAAUAGAUAUCGGACCCCUCGCGCCUCCUCGCCCCCGGACUAUCUAUCUCGAACCGAUAUCUAAGAAAUCGAGACGCAAAAGAGCAGCCGGGCCUGACAAGGCUUCCCUCGCACCGGACGUGAAUGACAAUAGUUCCGACGCAGAACACCAUGAUGCUGAGCGUGCAGUCGAAUCCCCAGCGCCCGCUGAAGAUCGUUCCCACGAUCUGCAAGAUCAUCCACGGAGCCCAACGCAUACAGACAUGCAGAGUGAAGUCAGUGGCGACAGUACCGUUAGCUCGAGCACAGGCAUCAGCUUGGCACGAGCAGAGCCUCAAAUCGCCAGCAGUUCGCUGUCAAAUUCCAAAAUGCAAGCCGUCGAUGAGAAGACGAUUACGGCCACUAUCGAGAUGCUCAAGGGUGGUGCCUUGCCAGGUGACACGGUAUCAGUGAAGGUUUCGGUCCAACACAUCAAGCGGAUCAAGAGUAUGCAUGGUGUUAUUGUAACCAUGUACCGACAAGGCAGGGUCGACACAGCACCGCCCGCCUCCAUGUUUGCCGACAUCAUGUCGAAGGACGAGACCCGCAAGCUUGCGAAAGAAGAUUACUACCCGCGAUCGCGGACAGGCCUGGGUGGUCUUUCAUUGACAUCUACAUCGUCGCUCAGUGUUUUCCGAAAGGAUUUAUCCCAGUCUGUUGCCCCUCUGAUUAUCGACCCAGCAACGAUGGAGACAACAGUGACGGCAUCGCUCAAAGUGCCCGAGGACGUAUUCCCAACCAUCAAAGGCGUGCCCGGCGACAUGGUGAGCUUCAAAUACCAAGUGGAGGUUCUUGUUGAUCUGGGCGGCAGGCUUGCCAAUCAGCUGCAAGGGGGCGGUCAGCCGAGAGUAGCACAGUUCGCGCCGGGUUCCGGUGCAACUGAUGGCAACAACGCGGGAGUGAUAUCGGUCGUUUUUGAGGUUGUCCUGGGCACGACAGACAGCACGCGGCUACGUGCCCGGAGUAACACGUUGCGCACGUUCCAAGCGCGUGAGGUCUCUUUCAAUGGGGAGGUUUCCAAUCCCUGGCGUGCUGGUGACAUUCACAGGGACGACGGCGAGAGCUACUGGCCGCAACCAACCCCUCAAAUGCCAGUAUCUCUCAGUCGGCAACCUACAAUCACGAUGCAGCCUACUAGCCCGCCAGAUGAUAUGCAAGCGCCAGCUUACGGUAACUUGACGGAGAAAGAGCGGGCACGAAGGCAAGAGGAGAGACUCUUACCGAGCCGGCCACCCCAAGGGUCAGAAGCAGGCCCGUCUUUCGCAUCGGCACCGGAGCCGAACAUCUACGACGCCGAAGACGAGUCCUCCGAACCGCGACCCCAUCAUGGAAUGAACGGAAUAGAGGAUCAACCUUCGGCGCCGACGCUCGACGAUAUUUCGACGGCUCGUGAAGCUCGAACGGAAGACAAGCAAGAACUUGAGCGGCAACGGUUGCUAAAUGAAGCUAGUGCGCCGCCAGAGUUCCCAGACGACUACGACGCCGGACCCAGUGCAUCAGCGCCGCCAGCAGCCGCCGCCGAGCCAUCGGCGCCGGUAUUGACGGACGAGAACGACUACGGGCAUCAGUACAGCUACGGCACAGAGGCAGGCGCGAGACAAUCCAGUCACCACGCUGUGGGGUCAGAGCCAUUGCCGAGGUAUGAGCGAUGA